AUGAAGCUCUCGGGUCUCUUUUCUGAACUUCUGCCUCUGCCUGCAGAAGAGGAGGGGCAAGGCGAUGCAUACCAGGUAUCGGCUGCCGUAAAUGCCAUACAACCAUGGACGGACGUCAUAUUCGACACCUUUGGCGCUGCAAGAAUCAUGUUCGGAAGUGACUGGCCGGUCUGUAAUAUCGGAGGUGGUGGAAACUUGGUUGCCUGGAGGAGGUGGACGAGAGUGGUCGAGCUGCUGCUAGAGAAGCGAGGGCUCAGUGACGACGAUAAGAAUAACAUCUGGCAUCUCACUGCUCGGAGGGCCUACAGUAUCUCCCCAUCUUGA